CCUAUAUUGCCCUGUUUUAAAUGAGGUGAUUGCUAACAUGCUUCUUGUUGAAUAGGACAAACAUAGGUGCCCUCCUAUUUCACGCACGAGAUGUCGAAGGCCGCACCGCACUUCACUAUGCCGUCAUAGGCCACAACGCCGAGGCCAUCAAGUACCUCGUAUCCCCAGCGGCUUUCUCCGAGCAGGAGGGCGUCCUCGGGCCUUUUCUCCGCCUCGAAACCUGUGACAGAGGCGAAAGCGCAGCUCUCUACGCCAUUCGACAACGCUGCCCGCCGGCCCUUGUCCACCGCAUUAUCAAGGCCGGCCGUGUAGUGGCCCCUAUCCUCAAGAUGACAACAGCCGAGGGUCUGGGUGCAGUCCACUGCGCCGCCGCCGCCGACGCGCCGGAGCUGAUUCUUCUCCUGGUCGAGAAGCACAAACUCGACCCGACCCAAGCCAUCACGAGGGACCCGAAGGACGGGGACGCGCCCUACCUUUUUCCCGAGCCCGUCCUCGGCGACACGCCCAUGCACCUCGCGGCGCGAUACGACAAUGUCGCGGCCUUUGAGGCCUUGCACGGGACGCUGGACCUGGGCAUGGCCGGGCCGCUCAACAGCGAAGGCGAGUGCCCCAUGGGUGUCGCGAUCAGCGUCAAUGCGAGGGCCGUCCUGAAGUACAUCAAGCGGCUCGGGAAGCCGAGGUUGUCAAGCCCAGACGAGGCGAGGCGAAUGCUGCUGAAGCGGAGGAUCGAAGAUGUGAAUUAAGCAAGGUAUUAAGGAGCUAGCUAGCAGCGUAGGCACUUUCUGAUGGGGGUUUGUGAGGUCCGAGGGGGUUAGUGAUGAGCAAGUGUGUCGUGACAGCGACUGAUAAGGGGCCCGGGCUGACAGAGCCUCGCCCCCCUCUU